AUGCCGCGAAAGGUCAAGACAGCCGAGUCCAUCGCGCAAAAUCGCGACAGUCAACGGCGCUCUCGUGCGCGACAUCGCACCGUUGUCGAGGAGAUGCGCCGGCAACUGCAGGAUUACCGCUGUCGCGGCGCUACGGCCACACGUGAGAUGCAAUUGGCAGCCCGCAAGGUCAAAGCGGAGAGCGUGCGACUGCGCAUUUUGCUCGCGCGCUGUGGUGUGCCACCGGACGAGAUCCAGGCAUUUGUUGAACUGCCAGAUGAGGCGCUAGAUCCUCGGGAACUCGCACAGGCAUCACGACAAACUGCGGCAAGCAACCCGGAAUUUGGGAGCACCUCUCAGCCCGUAUGUGGGCCCCAGUCCUCUCGCCAUUGCAACACGAACGCGCACCCAGAGUGUGGUGUCGACAAGUCGAAGGACUAUGAUACACCAGGGGCUACGUCAGAUGACACGACGCCGUUAGAGACAUCGUGUAAGGCUGCGGCUGAUCUAAUUGCUGACUUUCAAGGGCACGAGGAUGUGGCAAACGUUCUCAUGAUGCUCGGUUGCUCAGGGACAAACGACUGCCGCGUCAAGAACACGACGGUAUUCCAAAUUAUGGACGGUGUCCUCUGA